AUGUUUCGGUGCUGGCCUGCUGGGCUGGAAAGAUCUACGCCGCGCUCCACCAAAUUCCUGACAUCGAGAAAAGCCGCUUCAGCAGCUUCAGGCCCGGUUCGGGCGAAGCAAAUCCGGCAGCGAGAGGAGGUGCGGACGUUCUUUCCAGUGAGGCUGACGAAGGGCAAGAAUCAGGUCCAGCUCGAGGCGUACGGCAGGGAAGUCUCGCUUCACAUUGAGAACACGAUGUGCGCAGAGCUGUUGCGUGCAACGGUGCGAGAGCCCCUUCAGCCAGGUGGUCUGCCUCUGCCGCGCUUCAGCUUGAAGUUUCAUGACGUUUCCGGGCGACAGAUCAAAGAUCCUGAGCCAGUUGUGAUCAAGAUCAAGAUGGGCACCCCCGUUGAUGGCAAGCUCGUCUCACUUUGUGCUGCAGGAAAGUCGGUCGAAGCAUGCGUGUCGGCCAAAGGCAUCUUGCGCGUAAAAGCACCCGCUUGUGACCUCUCGAGUCUCACGUUCUCCGUGGACAUUUUUCAAAGCAUCGACUCGGACAGCCUGAUCUCCAGCUUGGAAGUGCCCAGGGGCCCGCGUCAAUACGAUAGGUUCUACAGCGACUGGGACGAAACGACGCAGCAGUUCGAGCGCGGCGGCCUGCCUUACUUCCUCCCCUACGGCUUCCAGCGCAUAGCGAUUCAGGUGGACAUGACGGGCUUUGAGGACGCGGUCGUGGCAUACCAUGGCACCUCCCUUGACAGUGCCAGGAGGAUCCUCCUGGAAGGCUUCAAGAUUCCCUCAGCACGUGGCGUCGGUCCGAAACCCAACCACAUCGCAGGCACGUAG